CCUUAUAAAUACAUCCAUUCAGACAAAAACAACAACAACGAUGACCUCCCCAUCCUCCACACUUCCCCGCAAACUUUGGGAACAUGCCAGCCCCCAAUCCACGCAGAUGUGGGCCUUUAAACAGAAACUAGAAGCAGAAAAGGGCCUCCAACUCCCCGUAUGUCUCUACACAAGUCUCAUAUCAAAUAGCACACCCCUGUUUAACACCAUCUAAUAAUAAAACCAACAGACAUUCCACGACCUCUACCAAUGGUCCAUCAACAACCGUGCCGCCUUCUGGGCCUUCUGCUGGGAUUUCUUCCCCAUCAUUCAUGAAGGUAGCUACAUGACCGUUGUCGAUGAAUCAGCCCGUAUAGACAGCAUCCCGGCCUGGUUCGAGGGCAUCCGUCUCAACUUCGCCGAGAACAUGCUCUUCACUGGGGAGCGGACCCCGAAUGGUGAUCUGAAAAUCACAACCACAAACAAAGAAGAUGGUAAAAUUGCCCUGACGCAGAUUCGUGAGGGUGGCUCUGAGCCACCGAUUAGCAUUACCUGGCGCGAGCUGCGACAGCGAACGGGACGGUUAACUCAGGCCUUGAAGGCAGCUGGGGUUGUCAAGGGUGAUCGGGUCGCGGUGGUGGCGAGUAACAGUAUUGAUACGUUGGUUGUGUUGCUGGCGACGACGGCGCUGGGCGCGUUGUUUUCAUCGGCUUCGACUGAUACCGGCGUGAAGGGGAUUCUGGAUCGAUUGCUGCAGCUGAAACCGAAGUGGGUGUUUGUCGAUGAUGCUGCAGUUUAUAAUGGGAAGCGGAUUGAUCUGCGGCCUAAGAUUAGAGAUAUUGUGGGUGGGCUGGAUGGUGUCGAGGAGUUCCGGGGUGUGGUUGCUGUGCCGCGGUUUGCCGAUCCGGCUGAUCUGACCGGUGUGCCUAAGACGCAGUCGCUGGCGACGUUCCUGGCUCAGGCAGGCUCGGAUAAGUUGGAGUUUGUGCGCAUUGGGUUCCGUGAUCCGUUCCUGGUUGUUUAUUCGUCUGGAACGACGGGCAAGCCGAAACCGAUUGUUCAUGGUGUUGGUGGAUAUAUUCUCAACGGUAAUAAGGAGGCCCGGUUACAUAGGCUGCAUGGGCCGGAAUCUGUCGUGCUGCAGUAUACGACGACGGGAUGGAUCAUGUACCUGUCCGCCAUUACGGGGCUAAUGUUCGGCGGGAAGCCCAUCUUAUAUGACGGAAGUCCCUUCCUACCCGAUGUGAAAUUCCUCAUCCGAUUGCUGGGCGAGUACAAAGUUACUCAUUUCGGUACUUCGCCGCGGUAUCUGCAGGAAUUGCGGAAGAACAAUGUCCGGCCGAGGGAUAUUGCGGACAUCUCCAAUCUCUCCAUCGUUACUAGUACCGGCAUGGUGCUGUCGGGGUCCUUGUUCGAAUGGUUCUACGAUGAGGGCUUCCCCGCCCAUACGCAGCUGGCAAACAUCUCCGGAGGAACCGAUCUAGCUGCCUGUUUCGGUCUCGAAAACCCCCUGACGCCUCUAUACGUGGGCGGCUGCCAGGGACCCAGUCUCGGCCUCCCCAUUGCGGCAUACGACCAAGCGGAUGAAGGAGCUUCUGGCGUCAAGGGGAAGCCAGUUCCAGACGGAGAGCCGGGCGAAAUUGUCGCCACGGCUGCAUUCCCAACCAUGCCAGUGAAGUUCCUCGGAGAUGACGGACCGCAGAAGUAUUUCGACUCCUACUUUGCCCGGUUUGACAGUAAGUAUUCCCCACCCUGCUCACAUGUUGUCCCUGAUUUACUAACAAUGGGAAAAGACGUCUGGACCCACGGCGACUUCAUCAGCAUCCAUCCCGUUACCAAACAAAUCUUCUUCCUCGGCCGUUCGGACGGAGUCCUAAACCCCUCCGGCAUCCGAUUUGGGUCUGCCGAAAUCUACAACGUGAUUGACACACGAUUCGCCGAUGAAAUCGCAGACUCAAUCUGCGUGGGCCAGCGCCGGCCCCAGGAUACCGAUGAAUCAGUGAUGCUCUUCCUGCUCAUGCGACCGGGCCGCAAAUUCACGUCGGAGUUGGUGGGACGGGUCAAAGAGGCGAUCCGGAAGGCUCUUAGUGCGAGACAUGUCCCAAAAUAUGUCUUCCAGACGCCUGAGAUUCCGGUAAGUUGCCUUCCUGCACGUGGUGGUGAGCGCAAGCUAACGAGUGUGUAGACGACGGUUAAUCUCAAGAAGGUUGAAUUGCCGGUGAAGCAGAUUGUUUCGGGGAAGAAGAUCAAGCCCUCGGGGACGCUGUUGAAUGCGAAGAGCUUGGACUUUUAUUAUCAGUUUGCCGAGGUUGAGAGAUUGAUAGAGCCUAAGAGCAAGCUG